AUGGCUCCGCAGACCAGCAAGGGACUUGUGUCUCAUUCGUUGCCAACCGCAUUCCCCGCGGACACUGUUUGCUGCCCACCAAAAGAGGAUGCCUACCAACGGACUGGCCUGCACCCUCGCUGCCGUCCGGCGCCCCCACCCCGCACGCCCGGCCGGUCUACCAGCAGACUUGAAAGGGCUGCUCGGAGCCACGGUAGUACAACUGCGCGGCGUGAGGUAACACCGGGCCUGUUUCGCUUGGCAACCGGCCUGACCUGCACCCAACUCCCACGGUCCGGUGCAACCCGUUGCCCUGCUCGGACGUCCUGCGCCAAUCCGGCUUCGGCCAUCUGUCCCGCACCGUCUCCGUCUCGACCAGAUCCACACUCCGACUCCUCUUCAGAACGGCCCUCGUUCACACUCUACGCCAUUCUACUCUGUCGGCUCGCCACGUGGAGAGAUGUGAAGGAGAACCGUCUUAGUUUCCCUCUUCCAACUCCGGCCUCUGCGGAAGUACAUACGAACGCGACGAUUGCUUCAGCUUCAACAGGCCUUGGAUACCGUUACAACAACAGCCGUCAAGGCAGUUUUGCCGGGCGGUUUCAAGUGACGCGUUGCUUGGAGCUGCCAGGCCAGCCAGAACAGUCUCAAAGGCAGCCGGGAACUGACUCGGAGUGGGCGAGACUCGAGAUCAGCUUACAAGCGGCCUUUUCGACGCGAUCUGAUACAUGCUUUAAGGCCAGGCCAGGCCAGUUGUCUUCUUCUUCUUCUUCUUCUUCUUCUCUAGACUGGCUGUUACGCUAUCUUUCCACUGCACCACUUGUUCGGACAAAUGACUCUGGCAUGCUGCGAACUCAACGAGUUUGCCAGUUGGUGAGUCCUCUUGUGGAUACCGAGACGCCUGGCUUGCCUGUGACCCUAUGGUUGUCCGGUGGCUUUGGCUGUGUUGCACUUGGGCCUAUUUUGAUUGGCAGUCUCGGCCGAACUGUACCGGCGCCCGUUCAUGUGCAUUUUGUGGCUAUGCCAAAGGCUCAACUCCCGACGAGACCCGCUCGUAGGUCUCGGGUCGUCUGGUCAUCGUGGUAG